AUGUCAUCAAUCUUUGAUUCUAUUGCUCGUUCUCCCACACGAAGCACCGAACUCACAUCACGGGAUUAUGACAUUUUUGAUGCGAUCGAAAAGAAGGACUUGAAUUCAGUUAAAAAGUUUAUUCAAAGUGGAAAGACGAAACUAGAAGAUACUCACCCGAGUGAUAUUGGAGUUUACGAGCAAUAUACACCAUUGGCUUAUGCUUGUUCAGUUGGUGCUUUGGAUAUUGUCGAGUUUCUAAUACAAAAAGGAGCUGAUACUAAUAAGAGCAUUCGUCAAAAGAUUGAUGUUAUUUAUCCAAUUCAUAUUGCUUGUAAAUUUGGACAUGUUUCAGUAUUACAAUUAUUGGAAAAGAGAACUCCAAUGUUUUUUGCUGUCAAGUCGAAACAUUGGGAAGUGGUGGAGAAAUUAUUGGAAUUGGGAGUAAGAGAUUUGGAUUAUAAUGAUCAAGGAAUGAGGUGUAUACAUGUAUGCUGUGAAUUAAUAUGUGAAAAGAAUAGAAAUGAGAAGGAUAUUAAUGCCUUCAAGAAGAUAAUAUCUCUCCUAUUGAGAUAUCACGAUGUAAAUUAUAAUGAUUAUAUUGAUUGUAGAACAGUGAGGGCGAAAGGAACUGGAGAGAGUGAGAGAGCUCGUUUAGCCAAUGAUAAAAAAGCAAACAGAACUCCACUCUUAAUAUUAACAGAAUUGAAUGCUGAUAAGGAAAUUGUUUCUCUAUUUAUGAAAGCGGAUAUGAAUAGCUCACAUCAUAUUUAUAAAAAGACUCCUCUCCACUGGGCGUGCCAUCAUAAUAACGAGCAAGUUGUUCAUUUCUUACUCAUGAAUGGAGCAAACAAAUAUGCUUUGGAUUGUGAUGGAAAACUGCCAAAUUCAUACUCGAGUUCUCAAUCCAUAGCAAAAGAAAUUGAACAAUUCUCCAGAUUUGAUACCAUUUCGGAAAAUGUCAAACGACAAGAAAUGAUACGAAGAAUAGAUGAAAUUCUUCAAAAAGGAUUUAUUCAAACAGAGUAUGAAAGAGAAUCAUUCAUCAUUUCACUCGAAUAUAUGAAGGCAUUCAAAAUUGACCAAAUUGAGAAACAGCUUUCAAAUUUACAAUCCAACCAAGUGGAAAGUUUAGAGUCAGAACUUAAGGCAUUCUUUUUGGAAUAUUUAGUAAUUGCAGCUCAAUGUGAAAACAAAGAUGCAAUGCAGGUGAUCAUUAAGAGGUACGAUGUAGAUAUAAACCAAUUGACCAAACGAAGAAUUAGAAAGAACGACAUUAUAGAUCAUGCUAGAUAUUGUUUCCUUCAGAGGAGAGAAAAAACCAUGCUGAUUUCAUACAAGGACAAUCAAAAUAAGGAAAAGAGUUACAAAUUCAUGUUCACAUCUUCAACAACAGAGUUUGAUUUGAGAAAUUUCAUCAAUAAUAAUAUUAUUAAGGGCAGAAUUCUCACUAUGAGAGAGCUCCGUUUCAAGUACAUUCUCAAUGGAAAGGAGCUCUAUGCAACCACCACUGAUUUAUUCAAACAAAUGAUCAAUGAUGCAUAUGAGAGCAAUGAAGAUCCAUUCAUUGUUACAAUGGAAUAUGUUAUGGAGGAUUGGACUCGAUUGGGUGAAUUGGGAAAGGGGCAAUACGGUGUUGUCUAUUUGUGCCUCGAUCACAAUGAUAAAUCACUCUUUGCCCUGAAAGAAAUCAACACUGAAAAGAUUAAGAGAGAAUUGGAAGCUUACAAAAAAGAUACCAUCAUGCAUCAGAAUAUCAUUCAAUAUUUUGGAUAUAAGGAGGGAAAUGGAAAGUAUUUUGUGAAAUUGCAAUACAUGCCUGGAGGAAACUUGUUUGAUUUAGUUGAGCAUUUGAAGACAAAGAAGGGAUCUCUGUCAAUAUCAAGAAUUGCCCUCUAUACACGUCAAUUACUUCUCGCUGUACAGCAUUUACAUGAUCGUGGAAUUUAUCAUUGCGAUAUCAAACAUUUUGGAGAAUCGAAUGAAGGAACAGUCACUAGCGCAGCAUUUGGAACGACAUGCUACUUGCCAGGUGAUAUUUUCAAGGUGAAGCCAAUCACUAUUGACUACUCGAUUGAUAUUUGGAGUGUUGGUGUGACAGUAUUCCAACUGUUAUUGGGAGGAGAAAAUCCCUACAAUUUAAUUUCAGGUGUGAAACAGAGAAUGGACUCGUCCACAUACAAGGCUAAUACCAUGAUCUUGGUAGUGACUGAAAAUUGGGAACGACUCAAAGAUGUCAUUCCUAGUUGGUGUGACAGUAGUUUGAAGGAAUUUUUGAGAAAGUGUUUGAAAUCAAAGAAUCGUCCAACAGCAGAGAAACUCCUUUCUCACGGUUUUUUGAAGAGAAAUCGAGUUUCGACACCAAAUGGAUUAAAGAAUGAAGAUAGUCAAGAGACGAAUAUAAUUCUGCAAUAUCUGAAUGAAAGACAGAAUGGAGCUACCAUAGCCCAAAUUCAAGCUCCAAAACUUGCUGAAUGUUUCCAACCAACUCUCACCACCGAUGAUGUCAUGAUUUCAGUAUCAGAUUUAGACUUUGUCAAGACCAAUAGUGAUGAAAUUCCACAAAUUAUUUCUCCUCCAAAGAAUGUAAAUUAUCCAGUCACACCCAAUAGAAAUAUGGUUGGUCUAAAUUUGAAUGAUUUCCAUGCAAUUGUUGAUGAUACGGCCUCCUCUACAUCUCCUUUUAUUACAGGAUCUCCAAAAGAUUGGCCAAUUAGUGAACUAGACGAAUAG